AUGACUUCCACAAAGGAGCAGGCAGCCAUCAGCCGGCUCUUGAGUUUUUUGCAGGAGUGGGACAGGGCCGACAGAGUCGCCAGGAGUCACAUCCUUGACAGUUUCAUCGCCACCAACCAAGGCAAGACUGCCCCGGAACUGGAGCAGGAGUUCUCCCAAGGAGCCAGCCUGUUCCUGGUUCGCCUGACCACGUGGCUCAGAAUCAUCUACAUGACUGGCUCGUGCUUGGAGAAGCUUCUGAGGUGCAUCAACAUCUUCUUGUCAGCCGUGAGCAGCAAUCGGUACCUGAUCGAGUUCCUCGAAGUUGGAGGUGUCCUAACGCUCCUGGAAAUCCUCGGGCUGGAGAAGGUCAGGGAGGAGGACAAGAAGGAAGCCAUCAGGCUCCUCCAGGUGAUUGCGAACUCCGGCAGGAAGUUCAAGGAGCUCAUCUGUGAGAGCUACGGUGUACGCUCCAUCGCAGAGUUUUUGGCCAAAUCGAAAUCGGAAGAGACCCAAGAGGAAGUGCAGGUUCUGUUGGAUUCGUUGGUCCACGGUAACCCCAAGUACCAGAAUCAAGUGUACAAGGGGCUGAUAGCCCUGCUGCCCUGCACCUCGCCCAAGGCGCAGCAGCUGUCCCUGCAGACUCUGCGGACGGCCCAGUCAGUCAUCGGAACCAUCCACCCCAGCAUCGUGGAGUGUGUGCUGAUGGUGCUGGGGACCAUGCACCUGGAGGUCCAGUAUGAAGCGAUUGAGCUCAUCAAGGACCUGGUGGAUUACGACCACGUGCGCCUGCCUCUGCUCCAGGGCCUCGUGGCACUGCUGACGCCGUCGGUCAAGGAGACCUCCAAGCUGCAGCACAAGAUCCUCAUGGACACCUCGGUGCUGCCGCUUACCAUUCACCUGCCCAUGUUUCUGCAGCAGGCCGCGGCCGCCAAGACCAUAGGGGUCCUGGCUCGCCGCGACUUAAGGGUUGCGGAGGAACUCCUGCAUCUGCACGUGGUGCAUAGCCUGAUGACGGCCAUGGGCAACAUGGACCACAGCAACAGCCAGCGGCUGGCAAGCCUCACGCUGCAGUUCUUCGUGCAGACAUUCCCGGUGGUGGAGGAGCUCGCGCGCCGCUCCAUGGGGGAGGACCUCUACCAGCUCUUCAGCAGCAACCCGGAGAACUUGUAUCUGCAAAUGGACAACGUCCAGGCAGACAUCUUAGCGUCCAACAAGGUCAACGUUCCCAAAGCCAUGCGCCUCUGCAGCAUCUCCAAGAGCAACUCGAGCUUGCUCUUUGGCCCCGAGGGCUCGGACCACGUGGCCAGCUGCCCUGACUUGGAAGAGGAAGAUAAGGAACAGAAGAAGUGA